CUCUUCACAAUAAAAAAAUACCUGACGCGUAUGUUAAUCACGAGCGAGGUAAUAAAAAUAGUGACAAAGAGAUGACAGGAAAUGUAAGUUAAGCCUCAAAGUGUGCCAGUGUACCGUACACUUUAAAUACUCCACUAGAGGGUUAAAAAAUAAUCUAACUGUAAAAGAGAAAUGCAAAUCCUCGCUCCGAUACACGAUUAAUUGAUUAAAUGAUUAGCGAUUCGUUUCUACGGCAAUUCGUUAUCACUUUCAAGAGCGACCGCCAUAUGCCAGAUUAUCACCCACUCUAUUUCUCCAAGUAUUUUUACACUUUUAUUCCAAGCCCCGUUCAAAUCGCGUAAGUAAAAGUCACAAUAUUUUUUUAUGUUUAUUUAAAAUAAUUUUUUAUUCAGUUGGACAAAAGUCAGUACGUAAUAAGGGGGUAGAUGAUUAAAAAUUAAUUACGAUCGAAACAUUGAGGUGGUUUGUUGGAAUAAAAGCCAGUGAAAUCGUGCAGGAAACCUCUAAUCCCAAAACGAGGCGUCUACUUAUUUUUUCGACGUAUGGCACGCGCUUAUAAACGUAUGAACAUGGAUAUAGAGUACGAUAGGAGGGAUAUAUAUAUGUAUAUAUGUGAAUAUAUGUGUGUGUAUGGAUGUAUGUAUGUAUAGAAAAACUAGGACCCCUCUGUAGACUGCGUGAUGCCGAUUACAGGGUAAAACUCUCGCUGCUUACGGGUACCCCAACGGUAGUUGAUUAUGGAGGGGGGUAGCGUACUAUAAACUACCCUCGAGCUACUCGUGUAUAUAUAUAUUCCUCGAGAGACCCUUAGCACAUGCAGUGACGAGUUGUACCCCGAGUUUAUCGGUUCGUUGUCAGCUACCAGUGAUUUUGAUCUAGAGUAUACGCGGUAUUACUAUUUUUAGUGCUGUGUCGAUUGUUGAUAAUGUCUUCAGAGUAUUCAUACUGCAGUGAAAACGGUUUUGAUGAAUUAUCAAGCUCAUCAGAUUCCGGAUUUGAUGUUAGUUUUGAAUCACCGAAACAUGAAAUUAAUUCGGUAGUUGAUUCAUUAUUUCCGGCGAUCAAAGAAGAGAAGAAAAAGAAAACUAGAAAUACGCGGUGUAAAAGUCCGACACAGGUAUUAAAAUUAAAAAGAAACCGCAGAAUGAAAGCAAACGACCGCGAACGUCACCGAAUGCACACAUUAAAUGACGCCUUAGAAAGAUUGCGCAUGGCCCUGCCCACAUUUCCCGAGGACACAAAAUUAACCAAAAUCGAAACCCUGAGAUUUGCCCACAACUACAUCUGGGCCCUGUCCCAGACCCUGGGAAACACCGACGCCGGAGAAAUAACCGUCAACGUCGGGAACGUCACCGUCAGUAUCAGCGAUAACGGCAACAUGAUAACGUCAUCAACCGGGAGCUGUGCAGUGGCCGCUCAGAAACGUCUUGGCCCCAGUCACCCCGCGUUUCCUUACCCUCAAGAGCGAUUCGUACCCGAGUGGCAGGAGUACGACUGCUACAGCGACCAGAGUGUCAGCCCUCCGGUCCAGUACCAGACCCAGUGCUACGAUCAGUCCAUGUACUCAGUCCCUCAUCACCAAAUAAACCAAUCGCAUUUCAACGGCCAUCAUACCAACAUGUAUCAGUGUCUCUGAGUUUAAAUUGUGAUGAACUGAUGAUGAAUGUGCAGUUUUUGUCUUAACAUAUUUAAUAAUGUCCAUGUUAUCUACUUUGUAAGAGAUUAUUUUAUUUAUAUACAUCAUAAAUAUGAAUAUUAAUAAUUAGAUUUAAUUAAUAAUUAAUUUUUACUGAUCAACUAAAGUUCAAAUUUAUCA